GAAGAAAGGAAAGGAAACAACGAACGUUCUUUUCCCUUUUCCAACGUGCCAAUGCGUCAGUGCUACACCAAGCAGUUCGGCUCCGCCUUCUCGGUGACGGUGGUGCCGACGCUGAAGGACAACUUCUCCUACCUGAUCGACGACCACACGACGCACACCCUGGCCGCGGUGGACAUGAACUGGGACAUCGACCCGAUCCUAGCGUACGUGAACGACCACCUCAAGAAGACCAACCCAAACUUCUCGUACAAGUUCAGCACCAUCCUGACCACCCACAAGCACCCCGACCACGCCGGCGGCAACGUCGAGCUCAAGAAACGGAUGAAGGCGCAGGACCCGUCUUCGCAGGUGACGGUGGUCGGCGGAGCGCUGGAUAGCAUCCCUGCGGUCUCGCGCAAGGUGAAGGAAGGCGACCGGGUGAACCUGGGUAGGCUUACCGUGGAGGUGAUCGACUCGCCGUGUCACACACGCGGGCACGUGCUGUACAAGGUGCACCACCCGCAGCACCCAAACGACGGCAUUGCCCUCUUCACGGGCGAUACGAUGUUCAUUGCUGGCAUUGGUGCCUUCUUCGAGGGCAGCGCCGCGGACAUGUGCCGCGCGAUGCAGAAGGUGUUUCAUCUAAACAAGGACAACGACUACGCCCUUGACGCGUCGACGUUUAUCUUUCCCGGCCACGAGUACACCGCCGGGUUUAUGAAGUUCGCGGAGAAGGCCUUCCCCGAUCGCGCGAGUGCGGACCUUCCGUUUAUUCAGGCGCAGGCGGCCAAGUACGCUGCGGCGGUGCAGCGCGGGAUGCCGUCGGUGCCGAGCUCGUUGGAGGACGAGAAGCGCCAGAACUUGUUUCUGCGUGUGGCAGACCCGGCGUUUCGUGCGCUGAUGAACAAGGGCGAUGAGGAGCAGCUGAUGCAGUACCUCUACAACGCCUGCGAUUAA